CUAUUCAAGAAAAGCACUUUAAGAAGCAAGCUGGCCCAACGAUAAAAGAAGACAAUAUAUCUAACAAGACUGCUGUACAAGAAGGUGGACUUCUACUAGAAUCACUGAACGGCUUUGCGCUGGUGGUGAGUGCAGAUGGGAUGAUAUUUUAUGCGUCAUCGACGAUUGUGGACUAUCUAGGGUUUCAUCAGACUGAUGUAAUGCACCAAAACAUAUAUGAUUACAUUCACGUGGAUGACCGCCAGGAUUUCUGUAGACAACUGCACUGGGCCAUGAACCCUCCCCAGAUGUUGUCUGGACAGCAACUACAGACAGAAACAGGAGAAGAAUAUAUUCUCAGUAAAUUCUUCAAAGCACAGGAGAAUGACAGCACAACUACAGAUUAUUCUUCCUUCUUAACUCGCUGUUUCAUCUGUCGAGUUCGCUGCUUGUUGGACAGCACUUCUGGCUUCCUGACAAUGCAGUUCCAAGGCAAACUCAAGUUUCUUUUUGGACAAAGGAAGAAGUCCUCAUCAGGAACAGUACUGCCACCUCAGCUGUCCUUAUUCUGCAUAGUGGUACCACUUCUACUCCCUUCCAUGACAGAGAUGAAGAUGAAAAACCUGUUUGUGAAAGCAAAGCACAAAGCUGAUGAUGCAGCAGCAGUGAAUACAAACUCCAGUUCCAAAGGUAAUUCAGGGCUGUGUGAAGCAGCAGAAUUGUAUGGAAGGAACAGUCAUCAUGAAGGUGCCACUUUUACUAAUGUGUUACAAAUCACUGAAAACCAAAUCAAAGCAAAAAAUAAUGGAGAAAAUGGCAUUUCUCUAGUCAAAGUACAAAGAAAUGAAGACCACUGGGUCUGGGUUCAGGCUAACACUCAACUUCUGUAUCGAAGUGGUUGUUCAGAAUACGUCCUUGCCCAACAGCAAACGUUAAAGUAA